AGGUUUCAUUCUAAAGUAGUUUGUAUGUUAAGUUAUGAUUAAUAUAAGUUUUAAUGAUGGUCAACUUAAUAUGGAACAUACUUUGCACAAGAUGUAUGAGGGUGAUUGCAAAUCAGAAACGUCACUAUGUGAGUGAAGCCAAGAAUAUAAGGGUUCUGCACGAACAAAAAUGGCUUCCAGUAAUUGGGUUGGAGGUUCACGCUCAAAUUAACUCCAGAACCAAGCUGUUUUCAUCAGCGUUGAACAAAUUCAUGGCUCCUCCUAAUUCACUGGUGUCUGAAUUUGACGCCUCAAUGCCUGGAACAUUACCUGUUCUAAACAAGGAAUGUGUUCGAGCAGCAGUGUUGACCUCUCUUGCUCUCAACUGUAAAAUUAAUCCAAGAUCUACUUUUGAUCGGAAACACUAUUUCUACGCAGAUAUGCCGCAUGGCUACCAGAUUACUCAGCAUUGGAAUCCAAUAGCAGUUGAUGGUAAAGUAACUUUCCCCACACUACAAGGCCAGAAAUCACUGCGUAUUGAACGAGUGCAACUUGAACAAGACAGUGGGAAAAGUCUCCAUGAUUAUGAAGAUAAUGUUUCACUUAUCGACUUGAACAGAGCAGGAGUUGGCUUAAUGGAGAUAGUUACGUUCGGGUUAAGCAACGCUGAUGACGCUUGUGCUUUUGUGAAUGAACUCCAUCUUAUGCUGGUUACACUGGGCACAUGUGAAGGCAAGAUGUCUGAGGGCCAGUUACGCGUUGAUGUCAACAUUUCACUUCAUAAACCUGGGGAACCUUUGGGUACAAGGGCUGAGGUAAAGAAUAUAAAUGGAAUGAGGAUUCUUCAUCAAGUUAUAGAGCACGAAAUAUUGAGACAAAGUGAUUUAUUGGAUCAUGGCUUUGCUGUGGAACAAGAGACAAGAGGAUAUGAUGACGUUAACAGAACCACAUAUUCAAUGCGUGAUAAAGAAAUGAAAACGGAUUAUCGUUUCAUGCCGGAACCUAACCUGCCUCCUUUACAAUUGUAUGAUGACCUUACCAUACAUAACACAUGUGGUGAUGGUAUAAAUAUUGAUGACAUCAGAAGGGAAAUCCCCCUUCUCCCUGCACAACUAAGAAAAAUACUGGAUGAAAAAUAUAAAUUGGAUGAACAAGAAAUCAAAUUUUUGUUGGAUCGUGAGAUGGUGAAUUAUUUUAUCCAAGUCUCAGAGCUUCUUCCAAACACCCCACCAAUCGAGGUUUACCAUUGGUUGAAAAUUAAAGUGGUUGCAUUGUUAGCUGACAAUGGGUUGAUGAUGUCACAAUGGCCCUUCAAUGCUAAAGACUUUGCGGAUCUUAUGUCUCUCAAAGAAAAUAACGAAAUAAACGAUAGCAUUGCAUUUGAAGCACUAACUGUGGCUGUUAAAGACAAGGCCACUACACCAGUUCAGGUGAUUGAAAAUAUGGGUUGGAAGAUGAUUUCUGACAUCACUAUGAUAUCAUCAUUAUGUGAUGAUGUCAUCAUUGCCAUGGAAACAGAAAACCCGGAAGUGUUUGAGAAAUACAAUGUAAACAAUGCAAAGUCAAAUAAGAAGAUUGUAGCAAAAGUUGUAGGUAAAGUGUUCAAAGCCAGCCAAGGUAAGAUGCACACCGCGAUUAUAAAGAAAACUGUUCAGGAUUUGUUGAAUGAAAAAUACAAUACAAAUGUGUAAUAUUUUUGUGGCUGUUGUUGCCUGUGUAAUGCAAUACAUUAAAUUGCUUUCUCAAAACAU